ACUGUCGAAUCGACAGUGUCGAUCACUUGUUCAUUUCACUCUCUCACUUUGUUCAAGCCAAUUUGGUGUGCGUUCGACGAUCAUUACGCUUUCUUUCAACCAACACAAAUAGCCAGAUUGUACAUCUCAAAUUAUUUCUUCUAGCUACCAACAAUAUAAUAUAUUCCUUCGUUCUGGGUAUUUGUGUAUUUUUACUGUAAAGAACACAGAAGAAAACAACCGUUCAACAAAAUACAACUCAUUCAAAUCGAUUCAGUUGCGGUGCUCAACUCGACGUGAACAGACGAACAAUUGCACUGCUUUUGCACUUGACGAACAACAAAGGAUUUCGAACAUUGUGAGUGUUUUCAGCCGUUGAAUAAAAGUGACUCGGUUCGAAAAAGUAUUACAUAAAACUAAUUUCGAUUACGGAGGAGAUAACCACGCGUACCGGAUCAAACACUGAAAAGGAAGCCAACGUUGCAACAAAGCAGCAAUCGAAGUUGAAGGAAACAAACAUGCAGGCGAUAAAUUAUCUGGUCAUCGUUGCAGCACUGACCCUAGUGCAUGUGGUCGUGCCGUCAGCACAGGCUGCUAUCGAAGUAACCAAUGAACAAGUGCGGGAUGGUUUACUGUCAUUGGUUCAUUCGUAUAGUCAAUUGGAGAACAAAUUGGAUCGGCAUGAGCAACGCGAACGGGCACUGGGUGAAAUAAUCAAGCGUGGUUUGCAGGCGCUACAAAAGGGCCAAAAGAUCUUUGACCCCAUGCAAGGAUCAUAUGUUCGGCUUGAAGAGCGCGUUGGCCAAAUUGAAACGUUGCUAAUGGGUUUGGACGAGAAGUUCAGUGAACAAACGAAAUCAAACAAAGCCAUCGAAAACAUAGAAAAAUGGGUCAACUCACCGUCACGAUCAUCUGAUUCGGAUAAACUCACGGAAUUGAGCAAUCAAGUGGAGGAUCUAUCGGUGAACGUAAAAGAUUUACGCAAAGAAGUCGAUGAGCUACGUGUAAAACACGAUGGUGAUUCGCAAACUUCUCGCGACUCAUUUACGACCAUUGAAACGAAUCUUGCCAAAAAGUUGGAGGAAAAUGGCAAUGUCAUUAGCCAAAUCCAAGAGAAUUUGGGCAAAAUUGGCGGCGCUAGAUCGUCUGGUGAUGGAUCAUUGGAAGAUUCAAUUUCGAAAGAUUUGCAAUUCAUCAAAUCCAAUAUUGGUUCAAGCUCUUGUGGCGAUGGCAACAGUUCCGGUGGUCCAAUUGACAAGGACUUCUUCGUUUCAUUGACGAACCAAACACUGGACGCAAUCAGUGAUAUGCGACACGAAGUAUUGACCGCAUCCGAUAAGAGCUACGCAAAAACCACCUCAAAGCUUAAGGAGAAUGCUGCCUCACUCGAUGCUCAAAUCGGUGAACUACUGAAAAACACUGGCGAAGGUUGCGACGGCAACACACUCGAAUCGAAACAAAAUGAUGUUCAUAAAUUGGAACAAAUGCUAGCGCAAAUGGGCGAUAAUGUGCUGUCCAUUAAACGAAACAUGGAAUUUAAUGUGCAUGCCAUCACAUUAGAAGUUAGUGAAGCGAUUAAACAAAAUUCAAAGGAUUUGGAAUCAGCAAUCGGUGGUAAAUUCGAAACAAUCAACGAAACCAUUUGGAAUAAUCAUAAUGGCGCCAUUACGAAUUUAACAUCGAAAAUUGAAUCGGAAAUUAGCCAAGUGUGGCGCCAGAUUGGCAUCAUGUACCAAGAAGUAUCAUCGAGCAAAGAUGCAUUGAAUAAAUUACAAGAGCUUACCACUUCAUAUGUCAAUGGCACGGUAGAGACUAUGGACCAAAUGCAAGGAAAAGUAUCUCAAGUCACAAGGCACAUAAGUGAGGUAGACGAAAAUCUCAACUAUCUUCUGGGUCGCCUUCAAUUGGUAAUGCAAGAAUUCAAUAAAGUCAAAAGUGGUCUUGGCACCGCACUGGAUGAUAUUCGUAACAGUUUUCAGCAAGUACAUAAUAAAAUUCAAGUAGUUGGGCCGGGUCCUCAUAAAAUCGAGCCGGAUGAAGACGAAGAGAUUCCUGAUAUCCAUUUGUUGCCACAACGAGACCAACCAGCACCAAAUUAAUCGUACAUCAACUCCGUGAAUCUCAUCAUCCAUGAGGAUAUUUUUCCCCUACAUUUCGUUAGAUUUAUUGAUUAGACUAAAAGCUUGUGUCAUAUAUGAAUUAGCCACUAUUCUUUGUCAUGCAAUUACCAAAGCAAUUUUACACAGCGCCUAGAUGAUUAUAGGUUUUAGGUCACAUAUUAUAGUACUUUUUUGUUGGAGUCAGUUUACUUCAUUUGUAUUUGAAUGUCCGUUGGACUUGAAUAAAAACAAAUAAAGAAAAACCGUGAAUAAAA